CCGAGUCGCGUUGGGCUAGGUCAGGCCUACCCGAGUUCCACACACACCGCGCUCUCUUGCGUGUGCCAUCCCGCCGAGGAGAACUGCACGAAGGCGGAGGCGCAACCCCUUCGCGGAAAGAGGGUCGCCACGUUCCCGGUUCGCGCGACAGUGGCUGCCUUCGCGAGCGAGUAGUGAGCGAUUUUUCGCGAGGCGAAAUCGAAAAGAGCGUAAACAUCGCGCGACGUCCGCUGCCGCAGCCGCCGCCGCCGUCGCCGUCGCGAACGACGACGACAACGACGACGACGACGACGAAGACGACGAAGAGGGAUCGCGUCUCGGUAACGCGAGGCACCGACACUCCGAUCGGUGCCGUACGGUGUGAUCUCGCGGCCAAGUCGGUGUCACAGUGUCAGCAUUCCGUGUCACGAAAAGGGUGCCCUCCCUUUACUGAGGGCCAGAGGGCAAGUUUGUCGAUUGCCGGUGAAUAAUCGCAAGUGUCGUCUCUCUUCGUGCGCGCGCGCGCGCGCGCUCGCGCGGCCGUGUGUGCGUGAGUAUGUGCGUGUGUGUGCAUGUACAUCGGUUCCCUUGAAAGCGGAAACGAUCCGUUCUCUGUUCCCGUCGCGGCCAAGCGGCAAGAGGAAGAUCGUCGCGGUGCUGUGGAACAACGAAGAGAGCUGGACGUAGCUGACGCGGAGCGCGUGAUUGCGAUCGGCGAGCGCGCCGUCGAAAAUUCCUUGUUGACAAACACCGGGGGCGAGAAAGACAUCGAGAGAGAGAGAGAGAGAGAGAGAGAGAGAGAGUGAUCGCGCGCGGCGAGAGACGGGAGUGGGCAAGAAUGCCAGCCGAUCGGCGAAGAGAAUCGAUCGGGAUUCCCUUUUCCCGAUGUCCUGAUAAUCGAUAGAAGCGUCGCGUAGAUGGACCACCGCGGGGGACCGCCUAGGCAGCGAUCGGCCUUACCGACGUCGUCAAUCCCUCGCCUUCGCCUUGUACCCUCUCGCGGUCCUCCGAUCGAGCGAUAAAUGUUGAGGAAGAACGGCGGCCUGCGUCGACGAGGCCGGGACCGGCCUGCGUGCACUACCGCCGCUUGCGACUCCGUCUCCGCCGGGAUGCCGGUGUCCCUGAGGAACCACAGGAUUACGUAGAAAAAAAGGGCAUAAGCAGAGAGCCGUGUCGGGCCGUGAGAGCCCUUCGGCCGCGCGCGCGCACGCACGGCCGCGCAACGGCGAAGGGAACGCGAGCGAGGCGGAGAUCCCCGGCUCUCAAGAGAAGCUGCUUAGCUGUACACCCCGGCUCGCCAGCUCUUCCGGCGCGGGAACACAACACCGUCGUCACGAGCAACCGAUGCACCAGGAGCCCAAAGGAUGGAGGCCAGCGAGUGGGAUCACGCGACCUUGAGGGAGGAGGAAUUCGAACAGCAUGCCGUAUAUUUGGUACCGGAUGUGGCGGCAUCGCCGGGCGAUACCAAUCGUGCGGAGGCGUCCUUGCCGCGGAACCUGGUCCUCAAGGCCUCUCAGGCCCUCAACGAUGUGUUGGGUGUAUGGAGCACCAGUUACAUCCCCAAGGGAACACGCUUUGGCCCUUUGGUCGGCCAGGUGUACACGAAGGAUUCGGUACCGGCGGACGCGAACCGGAAGUACUUCUGGAGGGUGUACAAGAACAACGAGCUGUUCUACUACAUCGACGGUUAUGACGUCCAGAAAUCGAAUUGGAUGCGUUACGUGAAUCCCGCUUACUCGUCUGAAUCGCAAAACCUAAUAGCAUGCCAGUAUAAGAUGAACAUUUAUUUUUACACGAUCAAGCCGAUACUACCGAAUCAAGAGUUACUGGUUUGGUACUGCAGGGAGUUCGCGGAAAGGCUCAAUUAUCCGCUCACCGGCGAGCUGAUGCUUCAGAGAAUACGACAACAAGUACAGCAAUCGGCGCUACCAACAGAAAUCCCGCCCACCGUCGACGUGGUGUCGCCGCUUAAGGACUCGUCGAUCUACGAGAGGCGCUCGCAGAUGACGCCAACGGACGGUUCCGUCAGGUCGGACGAGGGCUACCACUCGAACGGCUACCAUGACGAGAUCCUAACGCCGCCCGAGGAAAGCAGCGAAUCCGACUCCGAGAACAACUACGUACUAGAUUUCAGCAAAAACGCCAAGUCCUCGGUGUGCAGUGACGAGAUCCUGAAACAGGACAACGCCGCAGUAAAGAAUGAGUACAGGAAGGUGAAGAUCAAGAUCUCCAAGACUUAUGGCAACUUCCAGACAGCGAAGGGCAUGGACGGCCCGGCGAAGGAUAAGGAACAGGAGCUUUCCAGCCGGGCGGUCAGUCCAGAGCUCCAUAAGCCAAUGUCGCCUGUCAUCCUCCAGAAGAACGCCAUAUUGUCGACCGUAAAUGAAGAUGAAGUAAUCCCCGAGAAGAACACUAAACCCUUCUACGAGCCGGAGGUAAAGGGCGGCUUGCCGAUGUCCGGCAGACCCACCUACCUCACCAGCCCGAGCAGUUCCAUUCUGGAGAACAUUCUCCUGCGCAACAACACCGACAACAAUAACAACAAUAGCCACAACCACCACCAUCACCAACAUCACCAUCACAACAACAACAACAACAAUAACAAUCAGCAGCAGCAUCACCUCAACGGCAGUUCACAACCACAACAACAUCACCAACACCACCAAUUGCACCAUCAGACCCAUGUGGACUCGGUGACACCGCCGCCUUCCAGCCCGACCGAGAUGGCAUACUCUUACAAGAAGUCUCACCGUUACAGCAAUAUCCUACCUUGCAGCCCAGACUCCAGCUCGAACUUGCCCAUGCAUACGGACUCGUGCGUCAAUUCGACCAGCAGUAACGGCGCGCCACCUAUGCAAAGUCCCACUAACAAUCUGCAUUCGGGCGGGCUGCAUUCUAGCACCGGCUCGGCAAACACCGGUCUACCGCCGCAUCCUGGUAGCUUGCAUUCGUCCAGCAAUCCUGGUAGCGGCGGUGGCGGCGGAGGUAGCGGUGGCGGUAGCGGUGGCGGGGGCGGCGGCGGAGGUAACGGUGGCGGUGCCAGCGGUAUUCACUCCAGCACUAAUGUGCUGUCGUCCAACACAAUACUGACGUCUACCAGCGGCAACCCGCACUCGUCCACAACGACAAGCGGCUGCCCACCCAAGCGAAAGACCAAAAGUCCGUCGCCAUCGAGCCAGAAUGGCAUGUCCACCCCGACGAUCUUGUACUCUAGCUCAGGCGGCUGUCAGAUCGAGUCCAGUCCGGUCUAUUCGAAUUCCGCGGCCGCUGCUGCCGGCGGCGGUGGCAGCAAUCAAAGCGUCUCGCCGAUCUCACCGAUUCAGUCACCCUCACCCUACCCAUACAGUCUUUAUGGACACCAAAAUGGUUCGCUGCAUCACAAUGUCACGCCCUUGUCCAUUAACUGCACCGCUUACUCGCCCACACCAAGCGGUAACGUGGUCUACGAGAGGUCGGACGGCAGGAGGCUAGAGGCGGCCAGCAGCAGUCACCAGUUACCCACCUCGUCGACCAUGCAGAUGGAUGGCAACCAGGCGCUGAUCACCGGCACGCACAAUCUCCACUUAAGCCACCAUCCCGGUCUCACCAUUCACGCCAACUCGUCAUCCCUCAACAGAUACUCGCCGGCGAGCUCGUUGUCGCCGGACGACCAUGGUUGUUCCCAAAGCGGCUCCCUCAGCCCAAACUCGCAGGGCUCGAGGGGAUAUAGGUCAUUGCCUUACCCGCUCAAGAAGAAAGACGGCAAGAUGCAUUACGAAUGCAAUGUGUGCUGUAAAACCUUCGGCCAGCUAUCGAACCUCAAGGUGCACCUCAGGACACAUUCUGGCGAGAGGCCCUUCAAGUGUAAUGUCUGUACCAAGAGCUUUACACAGCUCGCGCAUCUCCAGAAGCAUCAUCUCGUACAUACCGGUGAAAAGCCACACCAGUGCGAGAUAUGCAAGAAGAGAUUCAGUUCAACCUCAAAUCUCAAGACUCAUCUCAGACUGCAUUCCGGCCAAAAGCCGUACGCCUGCGACCUCUGUCCCGCCAAAUUCACUCAGUUUGUCCACUUGAAGCUGCACAAGAGGCUGCACACGAACGAGCGGCCCUAUACUUGCCAGGGCUGCGACAAGAAGUACAUUAGUGCGAGCGGGCUGAGAACUCACUGGAAAACUACAAGCUGCAGGCCGAACAAUAUUGAGGAUGAACUCGCGCUCGCGGCCGCGGCUGUGGGUUCCCCGACGUAUUAUGAGUACGGCCCUGACAUGAAUGUCGGAAAUAUGCCGAAGGAAUGCGAGCUGGAGCACAUCGACAAUUACGAUAGGCACGGGUCGGCGCACGGUCCGCACUCCACGUCUCUCCACAAUCUGGAGAACUCCGUAGGUCGACCGAGCGUCAUAGAGACGUCCCAGCCGCACAUUAUCGAGUGUACAUAAGCCGCACACGGGGUAUGAGCCCCUUCGCUUUGGCGCGAGAGACGCGGCCGUGGAAAUAUAAACGAGUUGCUCGCGACUGACGAGAUAAGGUAACAUAGAAAAGAGGGAACUUGCUCCCUCCUCCCUUCUCCCGUCCCCCCCGCCCCUCUGGAAUGGCAGGAAAGAAUGGAGUUUUCGCGAAGACAGGUGUCGAGUAAGAGGAGUUCCUCCGUGAACGAGUUGUCCUCCCCAGUCGACUCCAAUGAACAUCGGCGCACUCAUGAAGGACGAACGGAAAUGAUCCCGACGCGGACUCUUCGCGUCUUCGAGGACGAAAGACUUUUGCCAGGUUGUUUCCCGAGCGAUCAUAAUCGUUCACCAUUAUUUCCGUUCGUUCCACCGGAGCCGGAGUCUCCUCGAUGACGGGCCCGGCGAUGGGAGGACGAUUUGUCGCGACGGAUCACGCGGAAGUGACGAGACGACGCGCGAGGAGCGAGAGGAGGAUAGACGCGAAGUACCGCGGAUAAGAUAGACAUGGUAGAGAAACGAUGAAUCGUCGCCGGUCGCGCAACAGAAAUACGUACACAGUUCGGCCCGAAGCGAUCUCAGUUUUUAGCCGGCACUUUGAACUUUGUUGCUUUACCGAGGGGGUACCUAGAGAAAGAACGCGACAUCAAGAGAAGAGAGAGAGAGAGAGAGAGAGAGAGAGAGAGAGAGAAAGAGAACAAAAAAGACGAGAAAACAUGCGAAAGAAGAGACGAAUGAAUUUUGCCGCGGCGACUCGACGAGGUUCUAUCUUGUAGAGGCGCAUAAAGUUCCUUCCUUGUAAAUACUUGUUUCUAUAUUUUUUCUAUCGUAGCGUUAUAUCAACGAAGAGAAGGGAGGCUUUCCUCCCCCGAGAGAGUAAUCAGGCUUAAUCGUUCGACUGAGUGUUCCGGGGUGCUGUCGUUUUAGAGAACGAGCGAGCGAGAGCGACAGCGAGAGAGAGAGAGAGAGAGAGAGAGAGAGAGAGAGAGAGAGAGAGAGAGAGAGGGGUGGAUGGGAGGUGGGGUGAGCGGGUGAGUAGGACAUUUGCGCGAGCGAUCGGCACUAAAGUCGCUUGGGUUUCUCGAUUACUCUUCCACGACGCCCAUAGAAAUGCACGUCGAAGACGCAUCGAUGACGGGUGUACAAGAAGUCGAUUGCGACAGAUUCGUGGGAUUACCGACCGAGUCCGAUGGCGAUUUCACCUGUCAUUCGAAUCCUUUUCGCGCGAUCUUAUCCUCGGCGGCACACCCGAGCGAAAAAAAACAUAUCGCCGUUUCUCGAUGCGCGUUUAGUCGUCUCAGUUUUUCCGUUGGGACUUCUUUUUAUCGACUUUCUAAACACGAAGAGGCUGAUGAGAUCUUAAGUUCUUUACUUCCGAAUCAUCGUGACGUGCGUUGAGGGCUAGCUUGCCGCGAGAGGACGUUGCGCCUCGCGACGCAAGAAAUGAACGUCCAUUUUGUCCCGAGAUGAAGAUCGCCCGCGAGAUGGUGUCCGUCGCGAGGUUCAUGAGGUCACGAUGCGAUCCUCGACGUGCCAAGGCUUAGGUCGGCGUGUGUUAUGUGGCGGACUUUGUCGGCACCCGCCAUAGUGUUCGAGUGCAAUGCAUAAAACAGCAGCAGCAGCGGCAACAGCAGCGGCGGCAGCAACAGCGACAGUAACAACAGCGAGAGCAAGAAAGAUCCGAACAACCAGUGACGACACGACUGCAACUAUACGAGACCUGUACCUGUACAUACUAAUAUUACUAUU